UCUUCAGGUCUUGCUUCUCUUCCCUUCUUCCUUUUCUUCCUCGCUCACUCUUCCUCACACUCCCUCUUUCUCUCCAGCUCAGCUCAUCUCAACCUUUUCAUCAUCGUCUCAUUCUCGCCUCCGUCGCACGGAUUAUUUGCGAUUCCACUGUCUUCCUCGCCAUGGCCUCCUCUCCCGCGUCCGAAAUUGACGUGCCCGGCAUGAAGCGCUGGUACAGCAGCAACACCCAGACACAGGAAAACUCAUUCGAUGCAUCCGACAUGGAGCAUCAGGACGCUAUUGCGAACAAUUCGGUUGACUCUGUCAAUGACAAUCAGACGCAGGACAAUGCUACCUCGGCCAAGGUCGGAGACUCUGUUUCCCAGAGUCAGCAAGAGUGGAAGUGUGAAGCCGGGACUCAGGUAUAGUUUCUGCUUUCUGAAAUACGUUCGUAUGUCAGGCUUCUA